AUGUCAUCUUCUUCUCGAGAACCUAACUUAGUUAUUUUAAAAGGAAUUCGUCCUUUAUUAUCAUGGGAUAGUGAAUUCUUAAUAAAUGAAGAUAAAGUACGAUAUAGAACAUGUUCAUCUAUUCAUCGCAAUACAUCUAGUUAUCAUAUGUCCAUAUCUGAACCAGAAAUUCGAGAAUUAGAAACAUUUAUACCUGUUUCGCCAACAGUAUUUAUUUAUAACAAAGAUAGUGUUGUAGAAAAUUCCUAUGCAUCCAUUGAAGAUAUUCCAGCAAUAAAAAAUGAUGAAUGUUUAUGGAUUGAUGUUAUUGGUGUACAAAAUGAAGUCUUAUUAUCAAGUAUUAGUCGACGAUUUAAAAUUCAUUCAUUAGUUAUAGCCGAUAUUGCAACAAAUGAUCAACGUACGAAAUUAGAUGUUUUUGAAGAUGCUUUAUUUCUUAUUAUUAAAUUAAUUAAUUCUAAUCGUGAUACACAACAAAUAUCUAUUGAACAGAUCAGUUUUUAUAUGAAAGAAAAUAUAUUAAUAACAUUUCAAGAAAAAUCAUCAGAUAUAUUUGAUUCAAUUAAAAAUAAAAUUCGUCUAGAUAAAGGUCGUACUAGAAAAUCAAAAAUUGAUUAUUUAUUCUAUUCAUUAGUUGAUAAAGUCGUUGAUCAAUAUAUGGAUGUAUUAGAUGGAGUCGGUAGAAAAAUUGAAGCAAUUGAACGUAAUCUAAUGGAAAAAUUAUCACGCGAUACACUAGCGUCAAUCUAUGAACUUAAACGUGAAAUGCUUUUCUAUCGUGGUUCAAUAGUACCUCUAAAAGAAAUUAUAAUUAAAUUACAAAAAGAAGAAGAAACACAAAUUAUUCAAGAAGGUACAAUUAUCUAUUUAAAAGAUUUAUAUGAUCAUGUUGUUCAAGUUAAUGAUACAAUUGAUGUAUAUCGUGAAAUGCUUGCUUCAUUUAUUAGUUUUUUUAUGAUGUUAAAUUCAAAUGGAAUGAAUCAAGUUGUUAAAACUUUGACUAUUAUUUCAACAGUAUUUAUUCCAUUGACAUUUAUAGUAGGUGUAUAUGGAAUGAAUUUUGAUAAUAUGCCUGAAUUACAUUGGGAGUAUGGAUAUUUUAUGGUUCUUUUUGGUAUGGCAGUAUUGACACUUAUUAUGUUUUGUGUUUUUAAAAGAAAAAAAUGGUUUUGA